AUGGAGGCUUUGGGGUGGGUGCUCGAUUCGCCGGCCGUGUCGGAGGACGAUUCCGGUGGUGCGGUUGACGAGGGGACUGUGGUCAGGGUGCUCUCGCUGGAGGACGGAUUGCUGCUCGUUGAGGGGCUCGCGCUAGAGGAAACAGUGUUGCUUGUCAAGGUAUUCGCACUGGAAGAUGGACUGUUGGUCGUGCGAGUGCUCGGAAUCAAGGGAGUCGAGCUCUUCGAGGUCGUGACGGGUGCGGUAUUCGAUGUGCCUGCGCUGGAUGCACUUCCAGAAGCACUGCCAGAGGAUGUACUGCCAGAUGUGCUUCCAGAGGCACUCCCGGGGGCACUCCCGGAGGCAGUCCCGGAGGAUGUACUGCCAGAGACGCUUCCAGAGGCACUGCCUGUUGUCGAUACACCACCGCCUCCGGUGCUCGAGGGUUUGCCGGAGGAGCCGCCGCCAGAAGCGCUGCCAGAUGCUGAGCUUCCACCGCCAGCACCGCCAGCACCGCCAACUCCGGGGUUUCCUCCGCCUUCUGACGGACCUCCACCGCCGCCAACAGGAGGGCCUCCUCCACCUGACGGACCACCACCUCCUCCGCCUGGAGGUGGCUCACCUCCACCGGCUACAGAACCACCACCAGAUGUCGGGCAGCUUGUCACAGUCAUGGUCGUCGUGGAGACAGAGGAAGUGGGAGAGCAGAAUGGAGCACAGAAGGAAGAGAUAUCGGGACAGUUCGAUCCAGAGCCGCCAGGACCAGGGCUAGUACCACCUCCAGGGCUUCCACCACCAGGACUACCACCGCCAGGGUUGGUGCCAGUUCCACCACCGGUAGAAGUACCACCGCCAGGAGAAGUACCACCGCCAGGAGAUGUCCCUUCUCCAGGGGAUGUGCCACCGCCACCAGGGGAAGUGCCUCCACCAGGAGAAGUACCACCGCCAGGAGAUGUUCCUCCUCCGGGAGACGUACCACCACCGGGAGAUGUACCACCGCUAGGGCUUGUACCGCCGCCGCUGGGAGAAGUACCGCCGCCAGGGUUGGUGCCACCGCCAGGACUUGUCCCUCCGCCAGGGCUGCCAGUAGAUCCAGGACUGGUUCCGCCUGAGCUUGUCUCACUAGGGCCACCUCCAGGAGAUGUGCCGCCGCCAGGAGAAAUUCCUCCUCCAGGGGAGGUGCCUUCACCAGGGGAAGUACCACCACCAGAGGAAGUACCACCACCAGAGGAAGUACCACCGCCAGCAGAUGUGCCGCCGCCAGGAGAUGUCCCUCCUCCAGGGGAGGUGCCUUCACCAGGGGAAGUACCACCAGCGGGAGAUGUGCCGCCACCUUCUCCUCCAGGGGAGGCGCCGCCUCCGGGAGACGUACUACCUCCAGGAGAGGUUUCACCACCGCCUGGAGCGCCGGUAGAGCCAGGUGAACUUGAGCAGGGACUUUCUCCGCCACCAGAGGAGCCACCAUUGGUCGAAGAACCAGAGGAGCUACUCUCGGAGGAUUCUCCUCCCGAUAUGCCAGUCUCUUCGCUGGGGGGAGUUUCCGUAGCAGAGGCAACAGCCGAUGUCAAAGAACUCAUAUCGGCAACAUUGUGGCGCUCUAAGAGGCGCCGAUUCUCGUCACGGUUGGUGAGAAUGGCAACCUCAUCUGCAUUGGCCGGAAAACCCUGCAGAAGUAUGCAAGUAGCAGCGGCCAAAAAGGCCAGGCAAUUUUUGGCAUACAUCAUGAGAGGUCAAAGAGGCUGA